AUGGAAGAAGCAGGUGGAGGCGCUGCCCAUCCAUCUUCACCACGAUCAUCCAUCCAGGCGAUCAAGAGAGGGGAUGUUCAUAGGAUCACAAGUGGACAAGUUGUAUUGGACAUCCAAUCUGCCGUUAAGGAAUUGAUUGAAAAUGCACUGGACGCAGGUGCAACAGCGAUUGAAGUUCGAUUCAAGGAGUACGGAGCAGAUUUGAUCGAAGUGGCAGAUAAUGGGUCGGGCAUUGAGUCAUCAAAUUAUAAUUCGCUGGCAUUGAAACAUCAUACUUCCAAACUGCAAGAUUUCGCUGAUUUGAUACGUGUCACAACAUUUGGAUUUCGCGGAGAAGCAUUGAGCUCAUUGUGUGAGCUGGCAAAAGUGCAAUUCGUAACAGCUACUCAAUCAGAAGAUCCUGUCGGCACAAUACUGGAAAUGAACAGAGAUGGAACGAUUCAAUCGCGCGAUAGAAAGGUAGCACGUAAACGUGGUACCACAGUGAGCGUCUCCGACCUCUUUUAUACCCUACCAGUCAGAAGGAAGGAGCUGGUCAAAAAUGUCAAGCGUGAAUUUGCUAAAGCUCAAGGCUUAUUACAGGCAUAUGCUAUCAUUUCCUCUGGCGUUCGCUGGAUUGUUAGCAAUACGGUGAAGGGCAAGAAGAAUACAAUCAUGACUAUACCGGCAUCUUCACCUACUACUCACCUUUCAGCAAAUGUUACUGCUGUGUUCGGGCCAAAAGCCGCUCCGGAUUUGGUGCCGUUGGAUCUUCAAUUGUCGCUCUCUUCCAUACAGAGACGAUCCGCAAUUUCAUCUAGGAGGCAAUUGGAUGCGGCCAUCGAACAAAGCGAUCCUGCAACGGUUGAUUCGAUCUUGUCUCGUUUCAUUGAGAAAACUGAUUUUGUGAAGAUGGAAGUUUUGGGUCAAUUCAACUUAGGCUUCAUUAUUGCCCGAAGAAAGAAACGUGACGGCCAAGAAGAUGAUUUGAUGAUUAUUGAUCAACAUGCAGCGGAUGAGAAGUAUAAUUUUGAGAGAUUAACAAACACGACAAAAUUACAAACCCAAAGAUUAAUCGUCCCAAGAACGCUUCAACUUUCACCUUCGGACGAAUUGACGGCAGUUGACCAUAAAGAAGCAUUAUAUGCACACGGCUUCCAGAUUGAGAUUGAUGAAGAAGCGCUGCCUGGAUCAAGGAUUCGUUUGGUUGCUUUACCUAUAUCUCAACGUAUCACUUUUGGCGUUGAAGAUUUGGAAGAAGUUUUGCAUAAGUUGGCAGAUGAACAACCUAAUUCUCAACGUGCUUUGUCUACCCGAUGCAGUAAAUGGAGAAAUGUGCUCGCUUCAAGGGCCUGCAGAUCAUCAAUCAUGAUCGGAUCGGCCCUCAAAACCAGCAAGAUGGAGACUGUGAUCAGACAUUUGAGCACGUUGGAUCAACCGUGGAAUUGUCCCCACGGUCGACCAACGAUGCGUCAUUUGUAUGACCUCAACUCAAAGGGAGUAUCGAAAGUAGCCAACGGUGGUUCAGGGUCUGCCAUCGAUUGGGCAAGCUUCGCAUAA